CCUUUCGCCAUUUCCCUUCCUUGUUGCUCCAAGACCCUGGGGCUGGGAAGAGAGACACCCGCCAGUCCUCAGCUGCCGAGAGGCGCUUCAUUGGGGAAACAGGCCUGGCCCUGCCACCCUUCCUAGGCCUCGGCUUAGGGCGCAACGCUGGCUUGGGAGGCCCUUCCGUGGACGCUAUCUCCCCAACCAGUUUCCAGUGACCGGGGCUGCAGAUGUCUUGUCCGAUAACUAUGUGAAGCAACAUUGUUUCUGGAUUUCAAGACAUCCUUUCAUCAUGGGACAGCAAUUUUCAGAUCAGACACAGUUGGUUCUUAACAAGUUACCAGAAAAAGUAGCAAAACAUGUCAUAUUGGUUCGAGAAAGUGGCUCCUUAACUUAUGAAGAAUUUCUUGGGAGAGUAGCAGAACUUAAUGAUAUAACUGCUAAAGUAGCUUCUGGCCAGGAAAAACAUCUUCUCUUUGAGGUACAACCUGGGUCUGAUUCCUCUGCCUUUUGGAAAGUCGUUGUACGGGUGGUCUGUACCAAGAUCAACAAAAGCACUGGCAUUGUAGAAGCAUCACGGAUCAUGAAUUUAUACCAGUUUAUUCAGCUUUAUAAAGACAUCACAAGUCAAGCAUCAGGAGUAUUGGCCCAGAGCUCCACUUCUGAAGACCAAGAUGAAAACUCAUCAUCUGUAACAUCUUGUCAGGCUAGUCUUUGGAUGGGAAGGGUGAAGCAGCUGACUGAUGAGGAGGAGUGUUGUAUCUGCAUGGAUGGUCGAGCUGACCUCAUCCUGCCUUGUGCUCACAGCUUUUGUCAGAAAUGCAUUGAUAAAUGGAGUGAUCGACACAGGAAUUGCCCUAUUUGUCGCCUGCAGAUGACUGGAGCAAAUGAAUCUUGGGUGGUAUCAGAUGCGCCCACCGAAGACGAUAUGGCUAACUAUAUUCUUAACAUGGCCGAUGAGGCAGGCCAGCCCCAUAGGCCAUGACCUUGGGGUGAAGGUCUUCUUUUGCUAUUAUGAGCUACAAACGUUUCGGUCAUGGGAGAAGAAUGCAGGGAUAUUGUGGUACAGACACAGAGAAAUCAAUUUUCCCUUCCCUCGUAUUUUCGCUAUUCUGACGAUUUGUUCCAUUUCUUUUGAUAAACUUUCCAUGUCUUCCAUUUAUAGUAAACUAAAAUUUGCUACUGUUUAGACCAUAUUUUUCUAUUAUUUAUCUGUUCUAAUAUAUAUUAGAACUAAUUGCUCUUGAAUUCUUUGCUGAGGUAACAGCAACAUUUCCAGAGGCUUCUAAAACACUAUUUUUCAGGGCAGGAGUAUUCUGGAAUUUAUUUAGUUAGGGUUAAAAUAAACCUUGAAUGUCAAAAAGUUGUAGCCAUCUGAGAGAAAAUUUGAAGUGACUGAAAAUGUAGACUACAUCGAAGUGCAUGUUACUACUUAAAUUAGUCUUUCUGCUGGAAUCUAAGGAGUGUGUAUGCCCCCUUGUGGUUAAUUAUUGCUCCUUUAAUAAUUUUUACUUGAAAUGAUCCACAGUUGUUUCAUAACUUUAGCAGUGUGUUUGGAACUACAUGUUUGUUACUCAAAUCUUUUUUGUUUGUUUUUCAUGCUGUAUAAUUUGGAUGAGGCGUGAUUUUGCCUUGUAAAUGGAUUUCUGCUGGGGAAUCUUCUUGGCUAUUCUGGAAAUGCUUUCCCACAGCGGGGAAACUGUAGCUUUUGAUAAUGCUCAUGCACCUUGGAGUUUCAGAAGGAAAUUUUUCUUCAAUUCAGAUCCUGAAUUUUGUAUUUCCAAAUUAUGAUAAAUCAUUCAAUAUUGGUUCAUGGUGCUUUUAUUUUCUUAACUUGAAGGCAUCUCUCUGAGGUCUCCAAGUCUUCAAAUUUCUAAUAUUAUUAAGAGAGAAAAUAGGGUGUAGGCUUUUAAACAUAUGUACCAUAAACAUGGAGAAAAUUAGGAGAUAAAUUGGCUUUCUGCUGUUUCAUGCUACUUUGAAAUACUCAGAGAGAGUAUAGUCACAAUGGAAUUAUGAUUUUCAGUGACACUUCAUUUUUUUACUAAAUUCUGCUUAUAAGGUAAAAUUUUUGUUUUAUGUUAAGCAUUAACAUUUUAGCAUAUAAUGAAACUAGAACCUGAUGUCUCCUUUAAAAGGUGUGUUAAAUUCCAUGUAACUUUUCUGACUUAUUACUGGUAAGUUGUGAUACUAUUUUCCAAAAUACCAAAGUAUGCGAUUUAAGUUGCUGCUUAUUGAUGGCAGAAUUUUUGGAUACUAGGAGUUUAAUAGGCAUGCAAAUUAAAUAAUUCAUUUCUAUAAAGAAUGUCUGACCAAAGGUAGCUUGAUUUUACCCAAAAAAUAUUGAUAACUAAUUGGUUGACAUUUAUGAUGGGGACAGCUCGGUAUCAAAUAGAUGAACACUCACUAUGGAUGUUUAUACAGGCAGCGUACUAGGGGCUCUAGCAUACCAACCUGGCAAUGCACUUGAUGGUUUGUGUGACCUUAAAAAAGUCCCUUCUGCUGGUUUGUAGGUUCCUUUAGAAACUGAGAUUUCAUCCGUAGUAUUUUCUUAUUUUAUUUCAGAAGUACAGCCUCUUUUUUUUUUUUUCAGAUAAAGUCUUACUCAGAAGCCCUACACACACAUGCUGUACCCCGAACACACACACACACACACCCCACCCCUCUAUAUGAAAGUCAUAUUUUAUUGAUAAAAAUUUCCUUAUGUGAACUUUAUAUACCAUAAUAAUAUUAUAAAGUCAACCAAUAAAAACAUUUAUUAAUGCAUUGGCAAUAUCCAGGAUACUCAAAUUUAGUGAGUAAUGUAGUCAUAUGAUAGGAGUUGUUUUUUAAAUUAUUUUUUUAAUUGUUUUAAUUAAAUUCAAGUCAGAUUUGUAGAACUUUGACUCUCCUCAAUGAAGUCUUAGUAUUCCAUGGGACAUAUUUGGAAAACCUUAGGGUAGAUGUUGUCUGAGAUCUUUUUCCAGCUUUAAGAUUCUAAAUUGUCCUUUUGGAUUAGACUUGCUGAGUCUAACUCAGAUUGCCUAAUUAAAGAAUGUUUCUGAAAAUGAACAAAGUUGCUGUACGUGUUUUUGGAUCUUUCCAGGUAUAGCCAAUGAUCUUAUCCCCCAGAAUCCUUCACCUUUCGAGGAAUUAUUUAGCACUAAGCCCAGUGACUUGAUGUUGCCCAAACCUUUUUACUUUCCAAUAUGAGCUCCAGGAUACUAACUGAUCUACUGUGAAAUAGAAAGUGUUUUUAUUAGUCUUAUUAAAUAAAUGAGCACAGUUUUUUGCUCACUCCAUUAAACUGGGUGAUAAUUCUUUAGAUGUGAAUGUUAGGUAGGUUCUACUAUUAUAACUAAUCAUAAAAGUUGUAAAUUUGUUUAAUGGGUGAAAUGUACACUUUUUGUAUUCUGUACAGCUUUGUCUUUUCCAAAUAUGAAGUACUUAAAUGCACUUACUAAGAUAGGAGAUAUGAUGUGUGCCUUGUAGGAUCUGUGAAAUGUUUUCAUGAACUAUAAGGAAUUUGUUUUAUAAGUUAUGAAGUUUUCCCUAUCCUAACUCAGUAACAAGAAGUUUACUCAUACUGUAAUGCUAUAGAACUUCAGUUUGAGAAAAUUUAGUUUGACUAGGUACUGAAUUUAGAAGUUGAGAAUAAUAGUAUCUGCUUUAUUCUUAGAACAAACUGAUAUAUUGUGCAAUAAAUAAUCUUUAGCAAGUAAAUUUUAGCUUACUGGAGAAACUUUUUUCUUACAUAGUUUCACAUUCUUAUAUACUAAAUGUUUAUAUUUCUUAGAGGACCAUUUUGUAUUGUGCUCUGGGGAGUUGUAAUGUUUGUGUGCUAUGUUUUAAAAUUCAUUUCAAAUUGGAUUAAAUUUCCUUACACCUAAUAUAUAUCUGGGUUAUAAGGCGGCUUGAAAAUAUCUUUUGGUUCCAUGAUUUUUAAUAGUGGAAAGUUGGAUUCAUUAAAAGUUAGUCUGAAGAAUUUGCAUUUUUAACUGUUUUUUUCUUCAUGUUUUUUUUCUUCAAAGGCUUACUUUGUCUACCCAGGAAUUAAAAAAACUAGUUGGAGAUGAGGGAAGUCAGCUGAUCACCUACAUUGUGAUGGGCAACAUGACAAUAUAAUACAAAUAGUUGUCAACAGACUUUAAUUUGCACUCAUAUCUUUUUCCCUGUAGGACAGUAAAAAAUAAUAGAUAAAAUACUCCACCCUGAAUUAGUUUUAAUGUUUACUUUGUAAAAUCACUUUCAAAAUGAUUAUAAAGAAUAUAGAGAAGCAAGGUAGAAUCUUAGUGCUGAGAAGAGGAAAGCCUUUUAUAAGAAGGAAUGGUAGUUUAUCAUUGAAUUUGCUGAUGUACAUCAUCUUGAAGAAGUACACAUUUUGGUAUCAAGAGACAUAAAAGCCUCCUCAGAAAUAUAUUGAUAAUCUUGCAGCUCUGUAUAGCCUUACUCUCCGGCAUCCUUGAUCUUUCUGAUAAAAUGCUUAUUUAAAGGCUGAGGAUUUUAAAAUUUCCAAGAAACUAUGUUUUUUUUGAUUAGUGUUCCUUUCAUUGCAGUUAGUUACACUUGUCCUUUAUAAUAGUCAGGCAUCAAGUGCUUAGGUAUAUUACCAACAUUCCACUUUCAGUCGUGUCUAAAGCCCCAAAAAAGAUGAAUAUUGUUUCACCAGGGCAGCGCUCAGAAACAAAUAAAGAGGAAGCCAGAAGGAUGUGCUUGCAACUCUGUUUUAAUCCAGGAUAAGAGGAAGUAAAGGCCAGGACAGGCCUCGGUACAUACCAACCCAGGAGCUGUGAUUUGUUUUCAUGUGGCAAAGAGCAGUAUCAUCAAUCAUUUCAACAGUGCAGUCUGAAGUAACACAUACAUGAACCUGAGCCUGUUAGAGUAAGGGAUACGUGCCUCCAAAUUUGUUCUUCUAGAAACGUGAGCUAGUGUACACUUGCCUUUGAUUCCAACUGUGAACACAAAAGAAAGUAGGGAUUUACCCCCUCCCCU